GUUUAAGCCCUCAGGUUUCGCACGUGCUUUCUAUUUCGUACGUGCAGAAGGCGGGAGAGACCGCCAUUAAUCCUUGAAAAUAAGACUGCGCGGAAGGUCGGAACUCGGAAGUACGAUCUAGGUCUCCGGUCUGCUUAUAGUAGCGCCGGCAACCUGACUGCUCCGGCGAGCUCGAAGCUGUCACUCUUCUGGAUUCUGAAUCUGCUCUUUCCUCUAUCUCCGAUUGGUUUUCGUUCCCCUUCAAUUAACGCAGUGAUUCUCGCUUCGUGAUUCUCGAACGCAGCAGUGCUGUUGCCGCAGUUAUGGAUGGCGUAUUCCCCUCUGCCGCCGCCGAGGCCGCUCCUCUGUCUGCUCAGACGCCGGCGAGAUGGCAGACGAUGGGGAAUGAGGAGAAGAAGGCGGUGGUUCACGAAGAGGUGAAGAGGAUGUAUAAACUUCCUGCUAACAGCAGUUACGCCACCCAUCGUUUGCGAGUGCUCAACAAGAUUUUGCAGCUUCUAUCUGCACAGAGGACUAUCUCACAGGAUGAGGAACUGGAACUGCUCUUUGCUGGCCUGCGUCUGUAAAAUCUAGACUCCUUUCUUCAUGAUUGGAAAUGGGUAACUUAUGUUCUGAACUUGUGUGUUCCAGCAGAGUUUUAAUCAUGGUGUGAUGUAGUUUAUGUGAAUUAUGAGAACUCGAACGAGGGUCAGCUUCUAAGUUUUCCGAGUGAAGUGGUGUCUUUUCCUAUCUUGCUGAACUAGUAAUUGGGUAGCUAGUUAAUGUGCGAAUAAUUGCAGAAAGCUCGGUGGUCACAUUCGACGUGAAUAUAGUCAUCUCGAUAUAGUCGAGCAAACCAGUAUACAUGUGGAGCUAUGAAUGUCCUAGUUGAUAGUUGUUCAGUUCCAUUCCCAUCCCUCUAUUCCAGUCGAUGCUAUUGAUGCUGAGAUUUUUCUAUGUUCUUUAUGUGUGUAUAUAUUACUGAACCGAGCUUCAAGUUUUCUACUGUUCUUGAAUCUUGGAUGGCUCCAACAUUGGCUGUCUGUGAUGUGAUCCAUUAUUAACCAUCUUGAGUUCAAUCUGCAAUGACAGGUUCAUAUGCGUUGUAUGAUGCUGUUACCAAUUGUUUCUAUGCAGCUGUGCAUACGGUUCCUUUGUUCCAUGCUUCUGUAUAAUUUGUAAGGUUGAUCUAAGAUAUAAACUAAUGGGACAUCCCCGUUGUUUUGGUCGCAUCAAGAGGAUACUUUGCAUAAGGGAUCUCAUGCACUGACAAAAAUGAAAUGAGGGUAAUUGCAGCCCUGCAGUUUCAACAACUAUUGCUGGUAGAUGAUUACAGUGGGGGGAUAGGUUUAAGCGAAUGUUUAUCUCACCAUCGUUGGCACCAGCGUUAUAUCACAUUGGUAUGAACUUUUAAGCAUAUGAUGAUACAAUGUUGUAUUAUUUCUAAUCUACGAACUCAAUUCAAUCUAUAAACUAAAUUUUUUUUUUUUUUUUUACGUGGCGUGCUGAUUGUAUUCGGUUA